CCAGUUCCAGCCCGCACCCCGCGUCCGUCCCCGCGCCCCCUCCCCCAGGCCCCGCCAUGGGCCUCACGGUGUCCGCGCUCUUUUCGCGGAUCUUCGGGAAGAAGCAGAUGCGGAUCCUCAUGGUUGGCUUGGAUGCAGCUGGCAAGACCACAAUCCUGUACAAACUGAAGUUGGGGGAGAUUGUCACCACCAUCCCCACCAUAGGCUUCAAUGUGGAAACAGUGGAAUACAAGAACAUCUGUUUCACAGUCUGGGACGUGGGAGGCCAGGACAAGAUUCGGCCUCUGUGGCGGCACUACUUCCAGAACACUCAGGGCCUCAUCUUCGUGGUGGACAGUAAUGACCGAGAGCGGGUCCAGGAAUCUGCCGAUGAACUCCAGAAGAUGUUGCAGGAAGACGAGCUGCGCGAUGCGGUGCUGCUGGUGUUUGCCAACAAGCAGGACAUGCCCAACGCCAUGCCCGUGAGCGAGCUGACCGACAAGCUGGGGCUGCAGCACUUGCGCAGCCGCACGUGGUACGUCCAGGCCACCUGUGCCACACAAGGCACAGGCUUGUACGAUGGGCUGGACUGGCUGUCCCAUGAGCUGUCGAAGCGCUAGCCAACCACAGGCCAGCCCCUGCUGCCCGGAAGCUCCCGCGUGCACCCCGGGACGACCAGACUCCCGGACUCCUCAGGCAGUGCCCUUCCCUCCCAGCUCCUCCUCCCCCGCAGACACAGGCCUCUGCGCCUGCUCCUGCCUGCAUGUUCUCUCUGUUGUUGGAGCCUGGAGCC